AUGGAAUCCACGCCUGGGCUUCUUUACAGCGUCACUGCCAUUGCUCUCGUUGCCUGCUCCGUGUCCGAUGUGCAGGGAACUCCUCAUGGGAAUGAAACCGACCAACUUGCUCUACUGUCAUUCAAGUCCGUAAUGGUUGACCAGCUCGGUGUCUUGAGCUCAUGGAGCUCCAGCCACCAUUUCUGUCAGUGGUUUGGAGUUACUUGCGGCCGAAGGCACCGGAGAGUCACCAAACUAGACUUGCAAUCGCAAGAACUGUCAGGGACAAUUUCCCCGCAUAUUGGGAACCUGAGCUUCCUGAGGGUGCUCGAUCUCCAGAACAACAGCUUCCAUUCAAGGAUUCCCCUUGAAGUAGGUCAUCUGUCGAGACUGCUGCAUUUGUACCUCAAUAACAACUCGCUCAGUGGACCGAUUCCUCCAAGCCUGUCCAGUUGCUCCAAUCUCCUCAACAUCAGCCUCCACCACAACAUGCUUCAGGGGUACGUUCCUGCAAAUCUCAGCUCCCUGUCCAAGCUCAGAGUGCUUUUGUUACAGAACAAUGGUUUGAGCGGAGAGAUCCCACUUUCAGUUGGAAACUUCUCAUCUUUAGAGUAUCUUUAUUUGGGAUUUAAUAAGCUUAGGGGUGCGGUUCCAGAUACUCUCGGCAACUUGAGAAAUUUAAAGGAUCUUUCUCUUGUGGAAAAUAAUUUAGUUGGAAAUUUUCCUUUGUCAGUCGCCAACAUUUCUUCUAUGGAAGCUCUUGAUUUGGGUGUUAACCAAUUGAUGGGUACCUUGCCGUUGGACUUGGGCAUCACUCUUCCAAAUCUCCAAUUUCUCUCUGUAAUAGAUAACCGGUUCACUGGAUCUAUCCCCAAAUCGAUAUCCAACAUGUCCCAACUAAAUGAGUUUCAAAUUACAUCCAAUAGUUUCACGGGGGAUGUUCUGUCGUUCCGAAAGAUGAGUAACCUCCUCUGGUUUUCCGUGUAUGGCAAUCACUUGGGAAGUGGGCAAGCCAAUGACCUCAACUUCCUCUGCUCCUUGACAAAUUCCACAAAUCUCAAUUAUCUUGGUAUAGGUGAUAACAAUUUCGGAGGGGAAGUGCCCAAAUGCAUCAGCAAUCUGUCCAUCACUCUUGAAGGGUUCGUGUUGGAACUAAAUGCUUUAUCUGGAACCGUGCCGAGUAGUAUCGAGAAUCUCAUAAAUCUGGAGGUUUUGUCAGUAUCUUUCAACAAUAUUUCAGGUAGAAUACCUCCCGAAAUUGGAAAUCUUAGAAAGGUGAAGGAAUUGUAUCUCGCAUUCAAUGUGUUCACCGGAGAGAUCCCCCACACCCUUGGGAAUUUGUCAAUGUUGACUUUCCUGUCCCUGAGCGGAAAUAAUCUUUUGGGCACCAUACCUUCCUCUUUGGGCAAGUAUCAGAGAUUAUUAGCAAUAUAUCUUGCAGAUAACAAGCUUGCUGGUGCCAUACCCCCUGAGAUUAUGAGCCUCUCUUCCCUAUCAAUGUCCGCUGAUUUCUCAAUGAACAAUCUAACAGGCGAGCUUCCUGUGGAAAUAGGGAAUCUGAAACAUCUCGGUGAAUUAGAUCUCUCGGGGAACAAGUUGUCAGGAAAAAUUCCAAGUAGUCUAGGUAGUUGUAUGUCACUGGAGUACUUGUACAUGGGGGAUAACAUGUUUGUAGGUUCCAUCCCUUCAACUCUAAGCUCCUUAAAGGGGAUUCAAGAAUUAAAUCUCUCCCACAACAGGCUCUUAGGCCAAAUUCCCGAUUUCUUGGAGGAUCUCAACCUUACAAGUUUAGAUCUGUCUUUCAAUAAUUUUCAGGGCAAUCUGCCUACGGGGGGAGUAUUUGCAAAUACAAGUGCAAUCUCAGUUCUGGGAAAUGAGAAGCUUUGUGGGGGUCUACCUGAAUAUCGGCUGCCCAAAUGUAUGUCAACCGGUAGAUCAACUGAUGGCAGAGUGAGAAAUGUUUCUAUCUACACGUCGUUGGGGAUUUUGACAAUAGUGUUUAUGCUCUCGUUACUUUGUUUCCUCUGGCAUAGGAAACAGAGAAAAACAUUUGCUUCUAGCUCCUCAAACGACCGGUUUCUGAAAGUUUCAUAUCAAGACCUACUGGAAGCAACGGUUGGGUUUUCCUCUGCAAAUCUGAUCGGGACCGGUAGUUUUGGAUCAGUGUUUAAAGGGGUUCUUGCUUUGGAUCAGAUAACCAUUGCCGUGAAAGUGCUUAAUCUUGAUCGUCAUGGUGCAUCGAAAAGCUUCAUUAAAGAGUGCGAGGCCUUGAGAAACAUCAGGCAUCGAAAUCUAGUUAAGGUAGUCACGGCAUGCUCAGGCACCGAUUACCAGGGCAAUGGCUUCAAGGCCUUGGUAUAUGAGUUCAUGGUCAAUGGGAGCUUGGAUGAGUGGCUGCAUCCACGAGUUGGAACGAGUCCAGAGAGAGAGGUUAUACCGAGGCAAUUAGGUCUUCUCCAGAGGGUGAAUAUUGCCACAGAUGUUGCUUGUGCUUUAGAUUAUCUCCAUCAUCAAUGUGAAACACCCAUAGUGCACUGCGAUCUUAAGCCAAGCAAUGUCCUCAUUGACGGUGAAAUGACUGGGCAUGUAGGUGAUUUUGGGUUGGUCAGGUUCAUGCCAGGAGCUACUAGGGAGCUGAUUUCUGAGCUGACAAGUUCUAUUGGAGUAAAAGGAUCUCUCGGCUAUAUUGCGCCUGGUAAUUAUCCAAACUCUUCCUAA